AUGGAGGAUGCGCAUUUGAUCAUGCUCGGUGAGGGCUGGGGUGUCUUCGGCGUUUUUGACGGACAUGGUGGAGGUGCUUGUUCGGAGUUCGCUGCAAGAAGGCUGCGGGAAGAAAUUGAAGCCAAUGGAUGUCCUGACAGCGAUGAGGCAGUUAAAAAACUGUUCAUCAAGAUUGACCAAGAAUUUCUGGACUCCGCGCAGAGCAGUGGCACAACUGCCACCAUGUGCAUCGUGCGAAAGCCCAAAGAAGCAGGUGGAAAGCAUCGGCUUCACGUGAUCAAUGCUGGCGACAGCCGGACACUGCUAGGCAAGCGUGAUGGCAGCAUAGUGGACGGUGGUGGCACGGACAAAGGAUUAACCACGGAUCACAAGCCUGACCACCCAGCGGAGAAGGCGCGCAUUGAGCGGUGUGGUGGCAAGGUUGAGAUUGCAGAUGGCGGCGUGGCACGUGUCAAUGGCAACUUGUCGGUCAGCCGAGGCUUCGGGGACAAGGACGAGAAGAUGACGGGUGGACCUGGCCCGGAGGAUCGUCCGGUGACCGUAGACCCGGAGAUGUCGCACUUCGAGUGUGAUGAAUCCGAUUUUCUCCUGCUGGUCUGCGAUGGUGUCUCAGAAGGAGCCUUCCCAAAUGCGGAGGUUGUCAAGCUGGUCGCGUCCACGCUUGGGUCCGGGAAGGACAUGCGGGAGGCUGCAAGGGCUGUUUGCCACAAAGCGGUGGAAUGCGACUCUAAAGACAACAUCACCUGUAUGGGUGUCUUGCUGACCGGUGGCAGCUCGUCCUCGGGCAAGCGCAUUGACUUCCACCCCGGGCCUAUGACCAGCAUAGGGCACAAGGACUUUCGGGCCGCUUACGAAGCAUCUGCGCAGCGGGCCGGACUGUCCCUGGUCGAGGCAGUUAUGCAGCGCUACGAUCUGGUCUCGGAUCAGUUCAAGGCCGAUGUCUGGCGACUGUUUUCCACAAAGAUGCCUCUGCCUGCGGCGGCUCGGAGCUCUUCGGGCAUGGCUGCAGCUUGCAUGCGCCUUCAACUCUUUUGGCUGCUCCUGCAGCCGAUCCAGGCCCAGCAGGAUGCCUUCCACGAUGAGACGCGGGACGGAAAGCUGGAGAUGUCCCUGAAGGAGCGGUACGAAUACUGGGAGAAGACCUAUGCUGAUCCCCGAUCCGCUAGUGGAAAGGACUGGUACGGCUCCUGGCGUGACUUCCGCCACGAUGUUGCGGGGUCAAAGAUCCGAAAAAACGAUGAAAUAUUAGUCAUCGGCUGCGGCAACAGUGCUCUCCCUGCAGACUUAGCGAAGCAGGGGUUCAAGCGGGUGACGGCUGCAGACUACAGCCAGAAGGCCAUCGAGUUGCAGAAGCGUCGGUUCCCCAAGCUCAAGUGGGUCCUGGCAGAUGCCCGGAAUAUGCCGGAAUUCCAGGACAAGUCGUUUGACAUCGUCAUAGAGAAAGCCCUGAUGGAUGGCGAGGGCGCCUAUCGCCAGUGGCCGCUUAUGUUUAUGGAGAUCUCGCGUGUUCUGCGCCCGGGUGGACGUUUUAUCUCCAUCUCGUUGGGGCAGCCUGAGGAGUUGGACACUGCGGAGUUCUUCAAUAACUCCACGUACGGCUGGGACGUUCGCUACAAGCUGAGCUACGACGAUUACUACGUCUACACCAUGACGAAGCAUGCUUCCUCAAAAGAGGUGGCCCCAUCCGACGCCCUCAGGGCCGAGUUGGAUAAGAUUGGGCUCAAUCCCCCGGCCGAUGGCAGGAGAGAGUGGUUUGAAAAGAAGCUCGGCGCGCUGCCGGACGAGAAGGACUCCUCUGGGCCGGGUGGCAUGAACAUGGAGGAGCUCCAGAAGAUGAUGGGCAAGGGCAAAGGCGGUGGCAAGGGACAGAGCACGGGCAGCCAGGGCAAAGGCGGCUACGACUCCGCGCCUUCUGCAGAUGAGGAGGUGGAGACCCAGGAGGACGGAUACACCUGGAGCCAAAAAGGCGAAGAGGUUCAAAUUGCCAUCAAGCUGCCGCAGGCCACCACGAAGAAGGAGGUCAAGGUCGUCUUCAAGCAGACAACCAUUGCCGUCCUUGCCAGUGGUAAGACGUUGCUGGAUGGCACUCUGGGGGGCAAGGUGGAGACAGACGAGUGCACUUGGUGCCUGGUCAAUGGCGGCACCGAGCUGAACGUAAUGCUAACCAAGCAAAACGAGAAGGACAACUGGAAGGGCCUGCUGAAGUAG